AUGACUGCCAAAAUACUUGUAUUAUUCGACGUGGAUGGCACAUUAACGCCAGCUCGCAAGCUUAUUGAGGAUAACAUGAAAUGCACCCUAGAAAACCUUAAGAAACAUGUUGCUGUUGGCAUUGUUGGUGGAUCAGAUUAUGGCAAAAUCAAGGAACAAUUGGGUGGAGAGGAUAUUCCCAAGUUUUAUGAUUAUGUCUUUGCUGAAAAUGGAGUUGUUGGUUAUAAGAAGGGUGAAUUAAUAAGCGCUGAGAAUAUUGUCAGCUGCAUCGGAGAUGAUAACUUACAGAAAGUCAUUAACUUUGCUUUAAAAUACAUGUCUGAAUUGCAAUUGCCUAGGAAAAGAGGUACUUUUGUUGAAUUCCGCUCUAGCAUGAUUAAUCUUUGUCCUAUUGGACGCAGCUGUAGCUACGACGAAAGAUUGGAAUUUGUCGCUUUGGACAAGGCUGAAAAUAUUCGACUCAAGUUUCUACAAGCUCUCCGAAAAGAAUUUCCUGAUGUUGGCCUACAAUUUGCGAUCGGUGGGCAAAUUAGUAUUGAUGUCUUUCCAAUCGGAUGGGACAAAACUUAUUGCCUACGUCAUAUACCAGCGAAUGAAUUCGAUCAAAUUUAUUUCUUUGGUGACAAAACUCAACCGGGUGGGAACGAUCACGAAAUUUUUAAUAGCGAACGCACAAUUGGUCAUACCGUUACAUCGCCAGAAGAUACAGUUUGCCAAUUGAAAAAACUUUUCCCUCAGAUCGCGUAA